AUGGCCCGCGAGCCGAAAGCCCACACAAAUAAUUUGGUCUACGAUAUCUUCCUCUGGAUCUUCACCGUCGUCGUAGACCUCUUCUUCCGCGAAAUCCACCCCCGAAGCUCAUGGAAAAUUCCCAAGAAAGGCCCUGUCAUCUUCGUCGCGGCGCCUCAUGCCAACCAGUUCGUGGACCCGCUCAUUCUCAUGCGCGUGGUGCGACAGGAUGCGCACAGGAGAAUCGCGUUCUUGGUCGCGGAGAAGAGCAUGCGGAGGAAGUUCAUCGGGUUCGCUGCGAGUCUGGUAGGAUCGGUGCCCGUGGGAAGAGCGCUGGAUUUGAAGAAACCUGCUCCGGGCAAGAUAUACCUCCCAGAUCCGGAGGGAAACCCUACCCUGAUCAGAGGGAAUGGUGUCAAUUUCAAGAGCGAGCAGUUUCAGGUCGGUGGGCUGGUUGUGCUGCCGAGUGUGAACAACGCUGCGGCCAAUGCCGAGAUUGAAGAAAUUGUGUCAGGGGAUGAGCUGAGACUCAAGAAGCCGUUCAAGGGAGACGUAGCCUACAAGCAACUCACAGGGAAGCCGGUCGAGGAGAGUAAUGGGGACCUAGCCAACGGUGAUGCGGACCCUAAGAGCUUCGAGGGCACCAAAUUCCAGGUCGCGCCUCAUGUGGAUCAGGGAAAGGUGUACGAGGCGGUAUUUGAGAGGGUAAAGAGUGGAGGCUGUAUUGGUAUAUUCCCUGAAGGAGGAAGCCAUGACCGAACGGAGCUGCUCCCACUCAAGGCUGGUCUGGCCAUUAUGGCUCUAGGUGCGCUUGCUGAGGAUCCAAACUGUGGCGUCACGGUUGUGCCGGUGGGCAUGAACUAUUUUCACGCACACAAAUUCCGGUCAAGGGCUGUCAUCGAGUUCGGAUCACCCAUCGAGAUUGAGCCCCACCUCGUGGAGAUGUACAAGCACGGAAGCAAGAGAGACGCAGUCGGCAAGGUCUUGCAGACUGUAUACGACAGACUGUCUGCUGUUACUGUUCAAGCGCCCGACUACGAUACCCUGAUGCUCAUCCAAGCCGUCAGGAGACUGUACAAUCCCAAAGGAAAGAAGAUGCCUCUGCCAUUCGUAAUCGAGCUCAACCGGCGACUGAUCAAAGGCUACCAAACGUACAAGAACGAUCCUCGGAUAGUUCAUCUUCGCAAAGAGGUGCUGGACUACAACAGACAGCUCUUCCAAAUGAAUAUUCGGGAUCACCAAAUCUCAUACGCUCAAUACCCUUGGUACUGGGUUGUUUUCCUGCUGGUAUACCGGACUUUGAAGUUGAUGCUUCUGCUACUUGUUUCCCUCCCGGGUGCGAUUUUGUUCUCGCCCGUGUUCAUUCUGGGCAAGAUCAUCUCGAGACAGAAGGCGAAGGAGGCGCUUGCAGCAUCUACAGUCAAAGUGAAGGCAAGAGACGUGGUGGCAACAUGGAAGAUCCUGGUGUCCUUGGCUCUCGCUCCAGCCUUGGACAUAUUCUACACCAGCAUACUCGUCUCUUGGACAUGGCACAACAGAAUCAGGGGCUGGGUACCACAACUCCUGCCUCUGUGGCUCGUGGCAUCCUGCGGUCUCUUCUUCUUCCCAGCUAUCUGCUUCGGAGCCCUGAGAUUUGGCGAGAUUGGAAUGGACAUCUUCAAAUCGCUACGGCCGCUGUUCAUGUCCAUCCACCCAACGCAAAGCAAUACAUUAGUCAAGUUGCGCAAGAAGCGCGCAUGGCUGCAAGAGCGGAUCAACGAUAUUAUCAACGAGCUAGGACCCGAACUCUUCCCCGACUUUGACCAGAACCGCAUCGUCAACGAUCCGGAACAUCCCCUCCACUCUCCAUCACGCUCGAGACCGGGUACACCCACGCACCGCCGCGACGGCAGCGAAAUCGACUCGUUGUCUUUCUCACCCGCUAGCCCCGUCGCACCCUCAGCCGCAAGUCACAAUCUUCCUCGUAACGAGAGUUUCAAGAACAUCAGCUCCAUCGGUAUCUUCGCAAGUCGUCCCGGUACUCCAAACCGCAGCCGAAGUCGGUCCAACAGCCACGAUUUCCGUGGCGCAAGUUUCGGUAUGACGAGCAUCGAUAGCACCGCAGCGCCUGCGGUGGGUGCAAAGGCAAAUUUGGACGAAGUGAGCAAGAAUUUGCACGAGGCCAUGAGGGAACGAGGACGGCGAAGGAAGAGCGAUGCGGAGUUUGAAUUUGACCGCAGUAGUGAGCCGGAGGAGACGGAAGAUUUUGAGCCGGAAGAGGCGAAGAAGGAUAUUUGA